AUGUACUACACCUUCCGCAGAAAGCCGGCUCUCCGGGCAGAACCGCGCUUCAUGUUCUUCGCCCAGACGCUGCUCGCCGACUCGGCCCUUUUCCUAAUGACUGAUUUUGUGGUUGUCACCAUACAUGUUCACCUCCUACUGCCGCUGGGAUUUUGCUUCCCAUUCGUCGUCAUUCUUCACACACUCACCCACGUUUCGCCCACCUUCAUCACAGCUAUGUGUCUGGAGCGCUACGUGGCCAUCUGCUUCCCUCUGCGGCACGUCGAUGUCUUCACCUCGACAAGGACCCUGUUUAUUUCAGUCAUUUUGUGGUUCCUGUGUUUUCUGCGUCCAUUUGUCGACCUGUGCAUAUUUUCAUCAGCUGUUUCCAAAAGCUACUUAAACGGAUGGAAUUUUUGCUAUUAUGAAAUUAUCCUGGUGAAAAAGGGGCACAUGGAACUAAGGGGCAAUUUGGUUAUUUUGAACUACCUAGUGCUUCUGGUCAUUCUGUUCCUGUGUUACGUGGCCAUUAUUCGUGUUGCUCGGCGUGCCUCCGGUAAGGACAAGCAGGCGGCCGCCAAGGCCCAGAGGACCCUGCUGCUGCACCUCCUGCAGUUCUUCUUGUGCACGCUGGAGGUUGCGGGUCCUUACAUUGAGGCCAAGGUCAUACAGAUUGAUGUGGACAUAUUUCUGAUUGACCCCACGCUGAACGUGUAA